UUUGAAUGCAUUGACAGCAACGACAACAACGACAACAACAUUGACACCACAUUUGAUGACCAGUUGAGUGAAGACAUCAGUGAAAGUGUGACUCAAAUGGCCAUUAAAUGCGAGCCAUCGCUCGAUGAGACGGAAGCCGUGGCCCGAGAACUGUUCACUCAAUUCACAAGAGAUCGCUUCAUAGCGGAGGGCAUUAUCACCGAAGACAACCAUAUUAUCCAACAACAGAUCCAAGAGUACAGUUCGUUUAGUUUAUCAAAUGGUUAUAACAUUUCAUCUCAUGUUAUGGUUUCCGUCGGACGAGAUCUCCGAAGAAUAUCGGAAUCGUUUGCCAGAAGUGCCGAAAGGGCUGAAGUCAGGGAAAAGGCUUUUCGGAUUAAUUUAAGAGACUUAACGAAAGAAGAGUUCAAUUCAUUAUUGAGUGAACUCUUUCUCAACGGAACUAUAAGUCGGGAACGAAUUGUUGUCCUUUUCUUCUUUUGCUCAGAUCUGGCGGUGAAUGCGUUCACAAACGGACCGAUCGGUUACUUUAAACGACUCAUUCAAUGGUCAUUAAGCUAUAUAUUUAACAACAUUUGUCUUUGGGUUCAAAAACACGGCGGAUGGGAAAUAGUAUUGGGCUCUUAUGUGCCGCGACUGGCCAUCACUGCGUGCGCUAUAUUGGGUUGUAUAGCGUUUGGCAUUUAUAUUAAACGAUCUCUUUUUUAA